AUGGCCAGAUCCACUAACAGAAGCGGCGAGGAUAGGGACCCACGGGUGACCGCCCCCACGGACCGCGACGCUUCCCGGGACCUGGCGGAGCCCCGGGAACUGUCUCUGGAGGAGGUGCUGAAGUCCUACGAGCAGCCCAUCAACGAGGAGCAGGCAUGGGCGGUGUGCUACCAGUGCUGCAGCGGGCUCAGGGUGCCCCGCCCGCCGGCAGGGAGAGUCAGCCGGGUGAAGGACCCGUCCUCCAUCCUCCUCCACAGGGACGGAACCCUGGUCCACCUGCUCGGCGUGGCUAUCUACCGAGCCCUGGAUUGGGGGCUGGAUGACACUGAGGAGCGCGAGCUCAGCCCACAGCUGGAGCGCCUCAUCGAACGCAUGGCGGCAGGGGACCAAAGCGGAGGGGGCUACAGCACCGCCGGAAACGCGACAACAGAUGAGGGGUACAGUGGACAGGAAGAGGAGGAGGAGGUAGAGGAAGAGGAGGACCGGGAGGGCAUAAUCAGGCCGGUGUGUACGUUCCGCCAGGUGAUGGCGCUGUGUGCAUCUCGGCUGGCAAACCCAAGUCUGGCUCCGGAGCACUACCAGGCCGUCUGCAGGGCUCUGUUUGUGGAGACCCUGGAGCUGCAGACCUUCCUCGUCAAGAUCAGAGAUGCAAAGGAGAUGCUGAAGAAGAUCUCAUCAGAGGAAUCUCUGGAAGACAGAUCCACGGCUGAACUGGACACUCUGAAACACAGAGACUGGGCCCGUCUGUGGGUGCAGCUGAUGAAGGAGCUCAGGCAGGGAGUGAAGCUGAAGAAGGUGCAGGAGCAGCCGUUCAACCCGCUGCCCACCGAGUUCAGCCUCACGCCGUUCGAGAUGCUCAUGCAGGACAUACGAGCUCGCAAGUUCCAGCUACGCAAAGUUAUGGUGGACGGUGAUAUUCCUACUAGAGUGAAGAGAAAUGCUCAUGAACUGAUCCUGGAUUUCAUCAGAUCAAGACCUCCACUUAAACCAGUUUCAGAGCGCAGCCUCCCUCCUCCUCCCCCACAGCAGCAGUCGCUCCAUGACCAGGUCCUGGCUGAGAUCAAGCAGGAGAGGAAGCUUAGACCAGUAGUUCCAUCCAGCUCGAGGCCAUUUGGCUCUCUGCCCUGUCUGGCUCAGACGUGUCCCUGCAAUGUCAAAUCCACUUCAUGCAUCGACCUAUCCGUGUCGGAGCCCGGACCCCGGCCACCAUCCCGUCCUCGCAUCCUGCUCAAGGCCCCGACCCUGGCCGAGAUGGAGGAGAUGAACAUAUCAGAGGAGGAGGAGUCUCCAGAUAACGGGGAGCUGCGGAGGACCGAGAGCUCCCCGAUUCCUCUGAAAAGAGAUCGGUCCUUCUCGGAGCACGACCUGGCUGUGCUCCGUGGGGAAAUGCUUCCUUCGCUCUCUGAGUCGGCCCAGCUGAGCGGGGUGGUCAAGCUGAGGGUCGACAGGCCUCGAUCCAGGACUCUAACCAGCGUCGGUGCUCCUCCUCAUCACAGAGCCUCCUUCCCGGUUCACGGCUGGGUGCCGCCCUCUCCGGCCCGCCUGUCUCUGAGCUCGGUCGACGAGACUACAGAGGGAUCCGAGACCGCGUUCGAGUCCAGAGCUGGAGACGAGCACCAGUGGAUGGAGGAGUUCAGCCACCCUGUUGAGAGCCUCGCCUUAACCGUGGACGAGGUCAUCAACGUGCGGCGAGUACUGGUCAAAGCGGAGAUGGAAAAGUAUCUCCAGAGCAAAGAGCUGUACAAUAACCUGAAGCGGGGGAAGGUUUGCUGCUGCUGCAGAGUGAAGUUCCCCCUCUUCUCGUGGCCGUCUACCUGCUUACUGUGCAAAAGAUCUGUCUGCAGCUCCUGCAGUGCAAAGAUGAAGAUACCCUCAAAGAAGAUGGCCCACAUUCCUGUGUACACUGUGGGCUUUCACAGCACUCCAAAGAGCCAUGGACAAAAAAGCCAAGUCUACAAUCGCCGGAGCCUGGACAUCCUCAACAAUACUCCCAAGAGGGAGGCCAAAGCUGCUGCUGCUGCUGCUGCUGCUGCUCAGAGACCACAGCUGCAACGCCAGUCCCAAGUCGAGGCGUUCCCUCAAGCAAACUCUCACCCUCCACCUUUCCCUCAGCCACACUGUCUCCCUCCCCACUCCCAACAUUAA